GACAAAUAAUACCAAUUUAUAAAUACACCGAACCAGAGAGCAACCACGUAAAUUGAUCCUAAUCAACGAUUAUCAGGGCAACGUGUUGCAUUCCAUCCACCAGAAGACCACUCAGAUAAUUAAACAAGCAAAUAAAAUAAUGGAAUAUCACUCACCCAACAAUAAUAAUGCAACUCCCAUAAAACUGGAAACCCUACCACCAUUCCCCCUCAAUAAUUCCCCCUAACUCUUGCUAAAAGCCUAAAAGUAUGUUUAGCAGUUGCUUAAUUAAUUAUUGAGGGGAGCUGUAGGACCGAUUCUAAUCCCACCUUACUAAUAUCUAUCUAACUAAAGGUUAAGCUAAUUGCUGCAUCAUCAUGAUGAUGUGUUCCACAAUGACUACUCAAAUUAAUUGCUUAAUCCAAGAGUACAGAUUCUUCGUUUUAUUGAUACAUACAAGAUUGGAAUUUUGAAUGCAAGAUUUUUCGGUCAAUGAAUGUUUUAUUCAUUGUACGACGAAAGAGUGAUCUGUUUUAAUAGUUCAAGAACUUGAAAGAGGUUUCUGAGUGAAUCGUAUAUUACGAAUCGACAUAUCUUUCACAUAAAAGCAUCCUCUUGUACUUAAAGUUUGCGUCAUUUUCAUAGUAUUUGCUAUAAUAAAUUGUUAACUAUGUUGAGACUCUUCCAAAAUUUGAGCGUUAAGACUUUAAAAUUAGUAUCAUGCAGGAAAAGUGAUUUAAUCAAUGAUUAUUAAAUCGUUAUAUGUCAACGAGUGGAUCAUAAAAUCGCAUAUUGCAAUCAAUGUUGGUACGGUACAACAGAUAUUAGGGGGAAAAGUAUGCUAGCCGGCUUUGUGUAGUUAAAAUAGCACGCAAGUACCAGCCGGGUUUUUGUUCUAUUACACUAAUAUUGUGCUAGUUGUAUUUUAAUAACGAUAUCUAAUUGCUAUGUUAUUGGUUGAACCAUGAUUGUAGCACUACAAUAUCAUUCUGUUAACUUAUAGGAUAUAAUUUUCAUUACAAUUUUACGAAUCAUGAAUUGAAUAGAACAUUAUACUCGCUCGAAAAUUAUACAAUUGUAUCUUAUUAUGCCAUCCCCAUUUCCCAACGCUCCUCGUGAAUAUUUAUAUUUUCACAAGUUAAAGAACAUUUCAUCUAAAGCAUUUAAUUCUCAUAGACCUAUUGUGUCAUCACUGUCAUGUGCAUAGAACUCAACCAAGUACAAAUUAAAAAAAAAAAAAAAAACUCAUACAUCAAGUAAAGAGGAAAGCAUAAACUAGAGUAUUUCACACAAUCACAAUUGUUUGCUGACUUAAGCGUUGAAGUUUCAGCAAAAUAAGAUCUCCCAAGUUCCAACUGAUCUUGUUUUGCAAGUAAGAAGAGAAAAAGUGAACAAGAGAAUGAAAGAGGCCUUGUCGAAGACACGAAAUUAAUUACAACUCAUUCCCUAGUGAUCCACCUAAACCAUUCAUUCAAACGGGGAAUUAGAAUUCAACAACAUGAGUUGUAGUCGAAAAGGCAAAAUUGGAUUUCAACUCCAAAGAGCUAGGUUAGCUGUUGGUUUAUGUUGGUUCUUGUUUGACUAUAAAUGAAAACCUCAUAGCAAAAAUGAUAACCUGUUAAGCAAAUAAGUGCUUCUUUAGGUGCUUCAGGUUGAGGGUUUAAUGCGAAUGAGUGAGUAGUCCAACCGUAACACCGCGUGGUCAAGUCCUUGUGCCUACUCCAUCAAGUCCUAGAGCUGAGCUUGUUUGCGACAUCACCAAAUUAAAGUGACAACUGAAGAUAAGAAUUUUCCGUCAUAAAGGGUUUUAAUCACAGUGAUUAGAUACUCCCUCAUAUAGAAGAGCAAAUUGAAUGGCAUUUCAAUCAUUUUGUUCGUUGGUGCAAAAGAAAUUAUUUCAACUAGAUCCAAGCCUAGUCACUCAUGAUAUAGCCUUGGAAUUGAUAUAAGGCCAUAGUUAGAGGGAAUGUCACUUUCCUUAAGAGUACUCGUCUCGUCUCCAACCAGCCACCUGCCACAAAAAGAGCUUUGGCACAGUAGCACCACCAAUCCCCCAAUAUUACCAUGCCAUACACAAGAAGAUGAUACGUACAAAUAUACAUCCAAAAUGGCAAUAUCAAUCACAUGGCCUUGUGGGAGAGCGGUGAAGACAAAACACUAUCAAAAUCCAACAAAAACCCAUAAGACUUAAGAGCAGCCCCCCAAACAGCCAUUCCUAGCCAUUUAAAACACCUAUUGGUGGGACUUAUGAGAUUAUAUGUGGUGAAGAAAAUCUACCAUUUCCUCCCCCUACCCCAAUCCAUUACACACCAUAUAACAACACACUUUUUGGCAAACAGCAAAAACCCACUUCCUAACUUCCUGCGCCUCCUCCUCCAAACUUCAUGCAACUUUCAUUUCCUAUCUAGCUUUGCUUCAAACUCCACCUAAUCAUCUCUACCGCGAGUAUUAGUACAUCGUUAACGCGUAACUCGAAAAAGGAACAGAUUCUCGAGCUGCGUGUUUGCUCAACAUGGUCCUGGUAGCCGAGCAUGGGGAGGGAGAUGGCGGUGGAGAUGGAGCAGUGGAUUUCAGAGGAAACCCUGUGGACAAGUCCAAAACUGGAGGCUGGCUUGCUUCUGCCCUCAUUCUAGGAACUGAGCUGUCCGAGAGGAUAUGUGUGAUGGGGAUAUCGAUGAACUUGGUGACUUACUUGGUCGGAGAUUUGCACAUCUCGUCCGCGAAAUCGGCCACCAUUGUCACCAACUUCAUGGGAACUCUCAACCUCCUCGGCUUGCUCGGUGGCUUCUUGGCCGAUGCCAAGCUCGGCCGCUACUUGACUGUUGCCAUCUUUGCCUCCAUCACAGCUUUGGGUGUCACUCUGCUAACACUAGCAACAUCAAUCCCAACCAUGAGGCCACCAGUAUGCGAUGAAGCCCGUCGGCAGCACCACGAAUGCAUCGAGGCGAGCGGCCGCCAGCUCGCGCUCCUCUACGCCGCGCUCUACACGACAGCACUCGGCGGAGGAGGGAUCAAGUCCAACGUCUCAGGUUUCGGUUCGGACCAGUUCGAUGCAACGGACCCCAAGGAAGAAAAAUCCAUGAUCUUCUUCUUCAACAGGUUCUACUUCUGCAUCAGCAUUGGCUCCCUCUUCGCGGUGAUCGUCCUGGUUUACAUUCAGGACAACGUCGGAAGAGGGUGGGGCUACGGCAUCUCUGCCGCGACCAUGGUGAUCGGAGUGAUUGUGCUGGUAUGUGGAACAAAAUUGUACAGGUACAAGAAGCCUAAAGGAAGCCCUGUUACUGUAAUUUCAAGAGUUGUGUUCUUGGCCUGGAAGAAGAGGAAGUUGGAUUACCCUUCUCAUCCCAGUUUGUUGAAUGGGUACCAUAGUGCCAGAGAAGUUCAGCACACGGAGAAGUUCAAGUGCCUAGACAAGGCAGCCAUUGUCGACGAAAAGGCAGGGGAAGACAGGAAUGAUCCAUGGACGGUAUCCAAAAUCAUGGAGGUGGAGGAGAUCAAGAUGGUUAUCAAGCUUAUACCCAUUUGGUCGACCUGCAUCAUGUUCUGGACAGUCUACUCUCAAAUGACAACGUUCACGGUCGAGCAGGCCACAUUCAUGAACCGAAAACUCGGGUCGAUCAAUGUCCCUGCAGGGUCCUUCUCCACAUUCCUCUUCAUCACAAUCCUCCUCUUCACAUCCCUCAACGAGAAGAUCUUCGUGCCAAUCGGACGAAAGCUUACCCACAACCCGCAGGGACUCACGAGCCUGCAGAGGAUCGGGAUAGGACUCUUGUUCUCGAUCGUAGCCAUGGUUGCAGCUGCCGUGAUCGAGAAGGAAAGGAGGGAGAGAGGUGUUGGCGAGAACGCGGUUAUGAUAAGUGCAUUCUGGCUUGUGCCUCAGUACUUCUUGGUGGGAGCUGGGGAAGCUUUUGCUUAUGUGGGGCAGCUCGAGUUCUUCAUCAGGGAGGCACCCGAGAAGAUGAAAUCGAUGAGCACGGGGCUGUUUCUGAGCACGAUUUCGAUGGGGUUCUUCGUCAGUAGUCUGUUGGUUUCCAUCGUCGAUAAGGUGACGAAGAAGGUCUGGUUGAGAAGCAACUUGAAUUAUGGGAUGUUGAAUAACUUCUACUGGUUGCUUGCGGUUCUGGGGGCGCUGAAUUUCGUGGUGUUCCUUAUUUUCUCGAGCAGGCAUCAGUAUAAAGUGAGGAACCAACAAGUGAAUGGUGACGAAUCUGAGAUGAAGGAGACGACCAAGGUAACAGAGAGUUUCAGUACUCUUGAAGUGGAGUAGAAAGGGGAGAGCUUGUAAGGAAAUGGCAGGCAUUUCAGUGUUAGCAAUCUCAGGCAAAAGUUAGGCUUAGUUCAUAUGUGUAUUUGUUAGUAUUCAAGCAAACCUUGAACCAAUGGUCUUGCGAUCUAUUCCCACCUUAAACCAAUUCUUUUCCUUGUCUGCCACUCUUCCUUUGUCAGUGUGUUUUUUUACUGUACCAUACGAAGACCCAGUAUAAAGACUUUGUCAGUGUGUUUGCUUAAACGAUAUACUAUGGCGUUUAUAUGCUUCUUGUCCUUGUUAGGGACAGAGGAAUUUCAAACACAUAUUGAACGUGAGUUUACAAGAAAGUAUUGAUUAGGCUAAGUGAAUUCCACUAACAAUGAAUUCAGAUCAAAUUUUGAUGACACUUGUAAAUUGUAAUGGAUACAAAUAUAGGUUUCAACCAAGGAAGCCAGAUGGAUGAAUGAAGUUUGCAGAAUGGU